CGACAGUAACGUAUGACAGUGAGAUUAGUGAGAUUUAUAACGUUUAAGUUUAUAAAGGUCAGUGUAAAUGAUUUAUAAUUAAAAAUUAAUCAAAUAUUCUUGAUUUUGAAUUUUCUAUAGUGUUUCCCUUUUUGGGGGAAACAUGUCGGAUUCGGAGGGUAGUAAUUAUUCCGAAAAUGAGAGCGAACGAGGAGGUCGUCGAGGAGGUGGCAGCGACAGUGAAGUUGAGGAAAAUCAUUCCAGAAAAAGUGUUUCAAGAUCUCGAUCCAGAUCAAAAUCAAGGUCAAGAUCUAGAUCAAUGUCUAGAUCAAGAUCAAGGUCUAGAUUAAGCAGAUCAAGAUCUAGAUCUCGUUCCCGGUCACGAUCUCGAUCAGGAUCUGUUGCUGAAGCUGAAGAGGCUAGAUCAGGUGAUGAAGAUGUUGAACCUGAGGAAGAACCUGAAGGAGAAGAUUUAGAUGACAGUGAAUAUGACGAGGAAGAAGAUGAGGAUGACGAUAGACCAAGGAAAAAGAAAAGAAAGGAUAGAUGUAACGAUUUUAUUAUUCAUGAAGCUGAAGUCGACGAUGAAGUUGAAGAUGAUGAGGAUUGGGAGGAAGGUGCCCAAGAAAUGGGUAUUGUUCACGAAAUUGAAGAAGCUGGACCUACAGCUCGAGAAAUUGAAGGUAGAAGAAGAGGAACAAAUCUUUGGGAUUCUCAAAAAGAAGAUGAGAUUGAAGAAUAUCUUCGUAAAAAAUAUGCUGAUGAAUCAAUGGCUGCUCGUCACUUUGGUGAUGGUGGUGAGGAAAUGGGUGAUGAAAUUACUCAACAAACUUUACUUCCCGGUGUCAAAGAUCCAAAUCUUUGGAUGGUCAAGUGUCGUAUUGGUGAAGAAAAAUCAACGCUUUUAUUAUUAAUGAGAAAAUUCUUGUCAUAUCAAACUGGUGGUCAGCCACUUCAAAUAAAAUCGGUUGUUGCUCCUGAGGGAAUAAAAGGUUACCUCUACAUUGAGGCAUACAAACAACCGCAUGUCAAAGCUGCGAUCGACAAUGUCGGUAAUUUGAGAAUGGGUAUUUGGAAACAGCAAAUGGUACCGAUUAAGGAAAUGACAGAUGUUUUGCGAGUUGUGAAACGACAAUCUGGGCUGAAGAAGAAACAAUGGGUUAGACUCAAGAGGGGCAUUUAUAAAGAUGACAUUGCACAAGUUGAUUACGUUGAUUUGGGACAGAAUCAGGUUCACUUGAAACUUCUGCCUCGAAUUGAUUACACGCGACCUCGUGGAGCUUUGCGUACAGCACAGAGCGAAUCAGAAGCUCUGAAACGUAAGAAAAAACGAAGACCACCGGCGAAACCAUUUGAUCCAGAAGCUAUUCGUGCAAUCGGUGGUGAAGUGACAAGUGACGGUGAUUAUCUUCUUUUUGAAGGAAACCGUUACAGUCGCAAGGGUUUUCUAUAUAAAAGUUUUACAAUGAGUGCGAUUAUCGUGGAAGGUGUGAAACCAACGCUUUCCGAAUUGGAGAAAUUUGAAGAAUCGCCUGAAGGAAUUGAUAUUGAAUUAAGUGGCACACCAUCAACAGGUGUUUCUACUGGUAAAGAAGAUGCAACUGUAACACAUUCAUUCAGCAAUGGAGACAAUGUCGAAGUAUGCGAGGGUGAAUUGAUGAAUCUUCAAGGAAAGAUCGUUUCCAUUGAUGGUAAUAUGAUAAUGGUAAUGCCUAAACACGAGGAACUUAAAGAAGCUCUCGAAUUUCAAGCCAAUGAAUUGAGAAAAUAUUUUACUAUGGGUGAUCAUGUGAAGGUUGUUGCGGGAAGGUACGAGGGCGAUACUGGUCUAAUUGUCCGCGUCGAACAUAAUCGCGUGGUUCUAUUUUCCGAUUUAUCAAUGCACGAAUUGGAAGUGCUUCCCAGAGAUUUGCAACUUUGUUCCGAUAUGGCGACGGGCGUUGACAGUAUGGGUCAAUUUCAGUGGGGUGAUCUUGUACAAUUGGAUCCACAAACUGUUGGCGUGAUAGUACGACUUGAACGUGAAAAUUUCCACGUUCUCUCGAUGCAUGGCAAAGUUGUCGAGGCAAGACCUCAAGGUCUCACAAAACGUCGUGAGAAUCGACACGCUGUUGCUCUUGAUUCACAACAGAAUACUAUUCAGAAAAAAGAUGUAGUAAAGGUAAUUGAUGGACCACACGCUGGAAGGGGUGGUGAAAUAAAACAUCUCUAUAGAAGUUGUGCAUUUCUACACUCAAGAAUGUAUAUUGACAAUGGUGGAAUAUUUGUUUGUAAAACGAGACACUUGCAACUCGCUGGCGGAAAUAAAGCAACAAUUUCACCAUCAAUGUCACCAAUGGCUGGAUUUAUGUCACCGAGAAUUGCUUCGCCUAUGCAUCCCAGUGGUGGUGGUUUCGGAAGAGGUGGACGAGGAAGAGGACGAGGCGCAGGUGCAAGACGUGAUCGUGAAUUAAUUGGCACUACUAUCAAGAUCACAGGAGGACCUUACAAAGGAAAUGUUGGAAUUGUCAAGGAUGCAACAGAGACGACAGCCAGAGUUGAACUUCAUUCGACUUGUCAAACAAUUUCCGUUGAUAGAUCGCAUAUUGCUAAUGUCGGAGUACCAACAAAAGACGGUGGUUUCAGCAGUUACAACAGAACACCUGCUUAUGCUACUGGAAAUCAAACUCCAAUGUAUGGCAGAGACGGUUCCAAAACACCUAUGCAUGGUUCUCAGACUCCUAUGUACGAGACUGGUUCUCGUACACCUCAUUAUGGCUCAAUGACACCUUCGCAUGACGGAUCAAGAACACCCGGACAGUCCGGUGCCUGGGAUCCUACGGUUACUAAUACUCCAGCGAGAACAAACGACUUUGAUGGAUACAGUAUGGAAGAUGGUGGAUCACCAGGAUAUGCACCUGGCUAUUCAGCGGCCGGUGGACCAUUUACUCCUCAAACACCUGGAACAAUGUAUGGAUCAGAGCAAAGUUAUGGACCUUAUCAGCCAAGUCCAAGUCCAGCUGGCAGUGCAACUGCCAGUCCCAGUCCACAGGCUUAUGUGGCAACUCCCUCGCCGUCGGGAACUGGAUAUACUGCUAGUCCACAUGGACCGUUUGCUACUCCAUCACCAGCGGCAUACAGUCCCAUGACACCUGGAAUAGCAGGAAGUCCAUACAAUCCACAAACGCCUGGAUCUGGAAUAGACAUGGGAGUUGGAUCAGGAAUAAUGGGUUCCGAGUGGCACACCACUGACAUUGAAAUUAGAAUACGGGAUUCUCAUUCAGAUCCUGGACUUGCUGGACAAACUGGUGUUAUUAGAGGAAUUUCCGGAGGAAUGUGUGCGAUAUUCCUACCGGACGAAGAUAGAACAGUAAAUUUAGAAUGUGAUCAAUUGGAACCAAUUGUACCAUCACGUGGAGAUAAAGUUAAAGUGAUUUUGGGAGAAGAUCGAGAAGCUGUCGGUGUACUUUUAUCAAUUGACAAUCAAGAGGGUGUCGUUAAAAUCAAUGAUGAGGAAGUUAAAAUGUUACAGCUGAGAUUCCUUUGUAAAAUGAAGGGUUCAAAAUAAUUCGUAAAAAAUGUGACACUUCAAAUUUAUCUAUAAAAAUGAAUCAACUGGAACUUACUAUUGUAACAUCAAUUGAAAAUGGAGUGAAAAUGAUAUUUUUUAAGAAAACCGAAAUGCUGUCGGUGUUCUUUUAUUGUUUGACAACCAAAAGGAUGUCGUUAAAAUAAAGAACGUCAAAAUGUUUCAUCUGAGAAUUACCUGCAAAAUGAAAAGCUAAAAAUGUUCACAAAUAAAAUAUUGCAGUUCAAAUAUGUCUGUAAAUGGAAUGAUUAAAAUGGUUUUAGGAACAUAACAAUACUGUAAUGUUUCAAUUGUUAAUUAUUUAUUUUUUUUUUUGACAAAAUUGUUUCUUUCGGAGCGAUAAUAUUUUCAUUUAUAAUUAAUAAAUAUUUUGAAUUAAUCAGUGUACAUCUCGUUUUCAAAUGAUGUACAAAAUGUGUAGGAUUUACAACAUUGCGUGACAUUAAAAACCUAUGUACUAUA